AUGGCUACCGCAUCCGACUUGUUCGGCCGCGGUGACGCCGACUUCAUCGUCGUGGCCCCAGGCCCAGAAACAACCACAUCGCCAGCCCUCACAGCCAACCUCAUCUUGCGAGUCGUCCUCGGCAUCUUGGCCAACGUGGUUUGUCUGGUCCCUCUAAAGCACCUCUACCGAGGGGGCGAAUUCGCGGCCGCCGUCUUCAUCGGCAACAUCAUGGCGGCCAACUUCAAAAACGUUGUCCACUCUCUCAUCUGGCGCGACGACAAUACCGACUCCUGGUGGCCCGGGUACGGGCUGUGCGACUUCUACCCAUACUUUCACAACGUCACCGUCUCGCUCUACGUCACCUGUCUGCUGGCCAUAAUGCGAAAUCUAGCCCAGCAGGUCGGCAUGAUGCGUGCCAACCCCUUAACUGUGCGAGAGCGACGCCGCCGUAACCUCGGUCAAGCUCUCAUCAUGUUUUCUUUGCCCGUUAUUCAACUGGCUUGGGUCUGGCCGCUCACUUCUCAGCGAUAUAUUGUCGCCUCCUUGGUCGGAUGCACUUGGUCAGCCUGGCCAUCGUGGCCGUACAUCGUUUUCUUCGUCGCCGCUCCGGUUUUUGUGUCCCUGUUUACGACCUUCUACGCAGUCCUCAUUUACAUCCGCUUCCGCGAAUUAGCCAAAACUACUGUCUCCGCUCUAUCCAACAACCGUGUCGCCAACCAGCGGGCCCAACGAGCCAAACGUCGCCUCUACCUUAUGGUCAUCUCCAUUCUGGUACCCUUUUUGCCCGUAAUCAUCAUACUUGCCGUGCUCAACGUUAACCACGCAUCUCCGCUAAUGCCCUUCGACUACGAUACCAUCCACAAGACACAAUUCCCUUUCCCGUGGAACACCAUCGUCUACCUCCCCUCCAACCAGCUCGAAUUCGCGUUCAUCAACAACUGCUACAUCUCAAUCCUCUCCGCGGUUCCCGUUUUCGUCUUCUUCGGCAUGACGAAGAACGCCAUGAAUACAUACCGUCGAGGCUGUCUUCAACUUGGUCUUGGUCGGGUCUUCCCAGCUCUCCAUCAGGAGUACGACCCUGAUCGAGACGCAUAUGGCAGCAGUGGCAUGAGCUCUAAUGCCACGGGAUCCACGAACACGACCACUACAGCAAAAAUCAAGCACUUUAUGUCGUCUCGACAGCGCACGACCAUGAGCACCUCUUCGGGAGGGAGCUCCCAUCAUGAGCAUAUGCAGUCCCUUAACGAUGCGUUGUCCUCUGUCGACAUCGAACAAGGGCGCCCACCCAAUCAUCCAUUGCAACCUCAGCCUACCAACUCCGCAACGGUCCCCGAUAAUAGCAACCCGGCCGAGCUGUUCCGCCACAAUCCCUUCCUCUUCCGCACUCAUAUCAACUUCUCAAGCCCCUUCAAACUCUUCCCAUCCUUUAUGUCCAAGAAGACUGCUCAUCCACACACUGAUCAAGUCCUACCUCUCGGAUCUCUUACCUCCGUCAUUCACCAGCCUCACUGGGAACCCCCAACUCAUCCGUCCAACAUCCAAACCCGUGUCUGGUCCAAUGGUGAGGGCGGUCUAUCUGGUCGUACCACGCCUGAGGUUGGACUACUUGAUCCAUCGCACUCCGGCCAUGCAGUCACAAUCGAGACACAGCUCACUCGAGAAACCCACAAGCGCUAG